GAGUAAGGUGAAAGGAAGUGGAAGCCCACAGGACCUUCCAGGUGCAGGUUCACCUCACAGCUGGGCUAAGGAAAUCCUGAGUGGCCUCAAGAGGCGGUCCUCUAACUCCCUCUCUUCCUUGUUCCCCAUCCCAUAGCAAUCCUGAAGCUGCAUGGUAAAUCAAUUCACAAGCAGAUCACGGAGCAAAAGAGCCAGUAGAGGAUACAGAUCCAAGCACUCUUUCCAUAACAAUGACUGAAAAGUAUCCUGUCCAAGACACAGGAGUACCUAAAGAUGAGGAAUACCUCACAGAUCAAGUGACACUGGAAAUCGCAUCUGUGAACAUCAGGAGUCUUACAUCAGAUACUGGCCUAGUCCAACAGCCAGAAAACAAAGACACGCAAAACCAUACUGAUGAAUCACUUUCAGAUCUCAAGAAAAGCUGCAAAGAAAAUGGCACCUGCUCCUUGUGCUUAUUUCGUGCACCAACCAUCAGCGACAUGCUCAAUGAUGAGGACUUGUUGUACACAGUGAGACUAAAGCUGGAUCCCUGCCAUCCAACUGUGAAAAACUGGAGAAACUUAGCAAGCAAGUGGGGGAUGACUUAUGAUGAAUUGUGUUUCCUUGAACAGAAGCCCCAGAGUCCUACCCUGGAGUUCUUGCUACGGAAUAGCGACAGGACUGUGGAGCAGCUGAUUGAGCUCUGUAAAUUUUAUAAGAGAAUUGAUGUUGUGAAAGUGCUGCUGAAAUGGGUGGAGGAGGAAUGGCCCAAGAGAGGAAACAGAAAUUACCAGAAUGACUUGUAGGUCAAAGAAGGUUUAGUCACUGCUUGUGAAAUGUUGGGACUAGCUGCCACCAGUAGAUGGGAAGCUUCCCUUGUGAGAGAGAGGCAGAAACUGUAUGGACAGUUUGUAUACCGUGUAAGCUUUAUGUACUGUAUACACAUACGUAUGGUCUGUGCCCUCAGGGCUGCAAAGAUAACCUUUCAGAAGUGGAUGGAAUAAUGCAGAUUGUGUUCUUGAAUCUGCAAAUGCUUCCUAAGGAACAGAAGAAUGAAAAACCUAGACCACUGGUUUUACUGCAGCAGUUGCAAACCAUGUCAGUUGUGUGUUGUUGCUAUUGGGGAAGCCCCAAUUAGAAGGCAAGUCUGCCUUUCUGGCAGUCCUUCCACAACUUCUGUGUGUUUUACCUGUUAGAAGAUGAGAGGGUGUGUUUUUUUUUUUCUGUUCUUUUUUUGUUCUUUUUUGUUGUUGUUGUUUUUUUCCCCUCUUUUUGUAAGCUUUAUGACACUGUUUUUGGCACAGGAACACCUUAGUGUUCCAAGUAGCAGUUUGGAUUUGCAUAUUUGAAUUAAUUCAAUGUUUGAACAUCACAUUCAGGUGGUAAAAUUAAGUUUUGGAUCUCUUUUACGAACAAGACUAGACAUUGAAGUAAAUGUAUACUCAUACAUUAUAGGGCAUAUAUUUGCUAUGAAGAAAUGCGAUUCAGAGAGACUUUCCAGACCAUAAAUUUAGGGAUUAAAAAACACAAACAACAACCACAGAAGAAGAAGAAAACAAAACACAAUUAAAAUAUUUGACAUUUAAAAUUAGUUUUCAUAGUUUUGAAGAAACUUCGAGUAUUCUUAUCUGUUUGUCUCAAAUGUCUCUCGUUUUGCAGUGUGAGGUGACAGAAAAAUGCCUCACCAACAGCAUAUCCUUAGUUUUGAAUAUAACUUUCCUGUUUUUGAACUGUGGGUUCUUCAGAGUCCUCCUGUGGGCUGACCUACUUUCUGUCCUAUACCAAAGUAGUUGCACACUUGCAUGAAACUAGCACAAGUUUAUGUACUGAUUAAAGCCACUCUAGUGGGAAAUUGACAGGUGGAUUCACCUACAGCCUAUGUGGAUGGUUAUUAAAGCACUCUGGGUUUAGACUGAUGUAUCUCAAGGGAUUUUGAUACUCUGAAUUACACUGUUUACAUUCAAAAUAUUUUUAGAAACUGUUUUGUCUUCCUACUGUUCUUCUGUUUUCUAAUGUCUUUUUUUUUUAAAAAAAAAAAAAACAAACUCCUGAAAAAUCAGUUAUAUCAUAGGUUGUAUAAAGUAGACAAUACUAAUAUUUUCAUAGGUGUAGAUACCAAAGCAAUGGUGAACAGUGUUUCAAGAUGUUGGGCAAAACUAGAAUGAGGGAGGUACAGGUUGAUGCACUGCUUACUUCUCUCAAGUAGAAAUGACCAAUUAAGAAUUGGUAGCAAAGCCAAGGGAAGUCUAAGUAAGGUUGCAUUCUGAGUUUCUAUAAGAGAGUGAAAAGGGACCUAUGCUAAUAUUAUACUGUAGAUAGUGAGGGAUGUGGUUACAGCAGAGCUAAAUGUAAAGACUAACAUUUUCAAUUUCAGGCGCUAGUGCUGGGGAUGAUACGAAUUAGCUUUAUUGCAAUGAGUUCAGGAAACUGAAGGUGUAGUUUCAAAGUGAAGUAAGUGCCCUAAAUUUGAGGUUUGAUUAUUUAUUAUUUUUUAAACCUUGUAGAAGACUGGAAUUUUAUCAACUUUUUAAAAUCUUCCCUCAGAAAAGCUGCAGCUCUUCAGAACAGUAAGUUUUCUAGUCAUACUUUAAGGCGGAAGUUGUAUUGCUCAUUCAUGUAGGAGCUGCAGUUCAAAUAUCUCACAUUCUUCUUCUGUGAACAGAGGUUUCCUGAUAGAGGUCUGUGAACUCAAACUUUUGUAUCUCAUUUUCUAUCUUUAGUUAGGGGCUUUGGAAUCAGCUUUGAGGGGUAUUGCUGUGGCUGGGCUCUCUGCUAUUUUCAGCUCAUACAGAGGCAUCCACUGUGUACGUGCAAAUAGCUCAUGUGCAGCUUGUCCAGCAUAAUCCCCAUAGCUUGGGCCUACCACAUGCAUGAUUGAGGAUCGUGUGUCUGUGUGUUAAGUUGUUCUUCUGAGUGAUGAGUGCUGGUAUGUGUGCCAACAGCUUUUCUCUACUGUAACACACCAUAGCUGUACGUGUGUGGUAGUGCAGUAUGCUUUGCUGUGGUAAAUCCAGUCCAGCAAGAAGCCUGGCUGGAGCCCUCACAUGACGACUCACAAUGGGAACACAAAACGAUGCAGUGGCAUUUCUGAAUCAAAAAGUCCUGCUGAAAUACCCCUUUUCCUGUUUUCUGGCUAAGAUUUUUAAGGUUUUGAAGAAACACUGUUGUUUAAUGGAAAAGAAUUCUUAUCCCCUGAAGCUCUUGAAAAAUCAAUAUCAGUUCCAACGAUUCGUCAUAAAAACAAAGCUGCUUUUGAGAGUUCAUAUGUGGUUUCCAUGUAAAUUCAGCACUGAAGGUUGAAAAUGUUAGCCUUAAUCUUCAUUACACACUGGAUUACUAAUUUGUAUACUUGAAAUAUUUUUUUCCUUUUUGUAUGGCAUGAGUUGAGGUGUACACAUUUUUUUAUUUUAGUUCUGUAUCUAUUUACAAGAUACCAGGUUCUAAGUGUUCAAUUUAAGUAUUCUUAUAUCUUCUGAUUUAAUGUACACUGUAUUUAGAAGAAAUAUAGAUUAUCCAUCUUCAGUUUUA